AUUCGUUCCGUUAUGGACUGCCAGUAUACUGCCGCAGUACCCUAGGGAAAUAUAUGACGUCAUAAAUCGUCGCCAUAUUCUACUGUGAGCACUGGCGUUUUCGAGUUUAAUCCCAAAGUUAUAAAGUUCUGUAAUUAAUUUGGAUUUAAUAAAACAAUGGAAGAAUUGCAAAAAUUAACCUUAUUAGACUGUGUUGAAAAUGUUCAAUACGAGCUGAAAGUUACGCAGGAAAUUUUUAAUCGUGCAAAGACCGAUACGAUGUUUGCUACUCAACUUUUGGAGUAUUGUAUAAAUAAAGAAUGUUUUGUAUUUGAUCGUCCUAUGCCGACAUAUGCCCAAAGGUAUGAUUCGAAAGAAUUCGAAAAAGAAAAUGAAUUUCCGUCCGAAGCCGGCUCGUCAGGAGCUGCAACAUUUUCCGAUACAUCUUCGACAUCUUUUGAUACUUCUCAGACGAAGUCAACGGCUGGAAAAUCUUUUAACAAACCGAAGGCUACAAAGUUAUCGGGUAAAGAAAGAAAUAACAAAGAUGACAAUAAUAAAGGUGCAGAUGUCAAGAAUUGGAGCAAAAAUGAAGUUUUACUUCUUAUUGAGAUUUAUAAAGAAUACCAGCUUGAAUUUCUGGAUGCAAAUAUCACCAAUGGCGAUGUUUGGGUCAAAAUUGCGACGAAAAUCAACGAAACCCUUAAUCAGCAGGGUUUGCCGCCUAUUCCUGCGGAAAAAUGUAAAACUAAAUGGGAGACGCUUAAACGUCGUUAUAAAAGUUUAAAAGAUAGCCAGAAAACAUCUGGGAAUGCACCGAUGACAUGGCCUUUCUACGAUGAAAUGGAAGAAGUAUUUGGCGAGCAGCCGUGGGUAAAACCUCUGUCUACUGCUGGAUCAAAUACUACCAACAAAAUGGAUCCUGACGUUAUCAGCCCACCACGAAAGCGUCAAAAAACUUUAACUAACUACUGUGAAGAAUUACUUGCAGCUAAAAAGGAAAAUAGUGAAAUUCGCCAACAACAUCAUCGUGAGAAAAUUGCAUCAAUAGCUCAAUUAUCUGGUGCUCUUAAUAAGCUUGUGGAUCAUCUAACAAAAAGACAUGGAGAUUCGUGAUUUUCAGAUGAACGGCGUUUUUUUUUGUUUAUUAAACAUGCUUGAGAGAACGUCAAAGACUGAACUUACUUUUUACGUACAAAAAAUAUAUUCUUUUACAUUUUAUUAUUUACAAAAAAGUUAAGUAUCUUUAAGAAAAAUAUUAGCUAUAAAAAUUUGAAGUAUUCAUAUUUUAAAUGUAGUUGUCUUUAUUUUAUUGUUUUUUAUUAUAACAUAUCUAUGUUGAU